AUGUCGAUGUCCAUAAUCCCCCUCCUCCUCCUCCUCUUUCUCCUCCCAUCCUCCACCCCACAACAAAGCUGCACCCUCGACAACUUCUCCAAAAACCGAAUCUUUACUCUCUGCAACUCCCUCCCGGAGCUCUCCAGCACUCUCCACUGGACCUACCACGCCUCCAACUCCACCGUCGACAUCGCCUACCGCGCUCCUCAAUCCGCCGACGGUUGGAUCGCUUGGGCUCUCAACCCCACCGGUUCCGGCAUGAUCGGCGCUCAAGCUAUCUUCGCCUUCCUCGAUUCGACCGGCUCCAUGACUGCUAUCUCUUACCCUUUAGCCAACACUAGCCCUACUGUGAGUAAUAUAAGCCUUAGCUAUAAGGUUUAUAGUAUGGAAUCAGAGUUUGCGAAUGGGGUAAUGAUUAUUUAUGCGACGAUUGAGUUGCCAGGGAACAAGACGAGGAUUAAUCAAGUGUGGCAGGUGUCUGAUUUGUUUACCAAUGGGUUUCCGAAUGGGCACAGGACGACUGGUCCGAAUGUUUUGUCAACGGGAGUGUUGGAUUUACUUUCUGGGCAGUUUACAGCGGCCGGAAACUCCAGGCUGAAUCUCAAGAAUAGACAUGGAGUCCUGAAUGCUGUGAGUUGGGGCAUUUUGAUGCCCAUUGGAGCUAUCAUGGCAAGAUAUUUGAGGGUGUUUAAGUCUGCAGAUCCAGCAUGGUUCUACCUUCAUGUUGGUUGCCAGAUCUCGGCGUAUGCGGUAGGGGUUUCUGGAUGGGUAAUUGGCCUUAUGCUUGGGAGUGAUUCUAAAGGAAUUACAUACCACACCCACAGAAACAUUGGAAUUGCUCUCUUCUGCCUUGCUACCCUCCAGGUGUUUGCAUUAUUCCUGAGACCCAACAAAAAGCACAAGCAUCGCUUUUACUGGAACAUCUACCAUCAUCUCACAGGCUACGCAGUCAUAAUACUCAGUGUGAUCAACAUUUUCAAAGGAUUUGAUAUCUUACAACCUGAGAACAAAUGGAAACAAGCUUACAUUGCUAUCGUUUCAGCUCUUGGAGGCAUUGCAGUGAUACUUGAAGCCGCCACUUGGGCCAUAGUUCUGAACAGGAAGAAGAAAUCUGGGAGUUCUGACAAGUUUCAACAGGGUGAGAAUGGAGGGAAUGGGAAUGCUGGUUAUGGUAGCAGGUAUAAUCAGGAAGCUUAGGGUUUGUUUGGGAUCAAUUUUGUCUUCAUUUUUUCUUAAUUUGUUUUUUUAGUGUAUUUUUUUAUAUGUUUUUAUUUUGGACCACACAAUUCUUAUGUAUUUACAUAUCUCACCCUUUACUUCAUACUUAAC